AUGGCAGGUUAUUACGGAUGGAAUAUCACUAACACGCAGGAUUUGAUUGAAAGUGAGGGAGAAUGUAUUAGUAUGCCGGUACCUUAUGUAUCUGAAGAAGAAAAUUCAUCAGAUGAAAAUUCAAAUUCAAGUGUAAACCCUUCCGUUAAGGGAUAUUAUUGGUGUGUUAGCACGGGUGACAUACCACCACAAGCAGUUAAAUCAGGUUUAGAUAAGGAUGGUGGUGAUAUAUAUAUAGGUCGUGCUAUACACGAAGGUGAAUUACAUCCAGCAAAAAUAAUACCAAAUCAUGGUUGUGCCUAUAUUGCCUAUAACGGAGAAGAAGUUAGAAAAGACGAUUAUGAGAUAUUGUGUCGUGGAAGUUGUACUGUGAUUUGGCAAGAAUGUAGAGAUGGUAUGAUACCGUAUAAUGCAGUGGCUGGAGGAUGUACGUCAGAUAAUGAAAAAUUAUACAUAGGAAGAGUUUUUCACGAUGGUACACACACACCUGGAAAAAUACAUCCGAGUCAUAAUACCUGUUACGUACCAUACGGUGGUGAAGAAUUAUCAUUUUCCAAUUACGAAGCAUUAGUUCUUCAAUAA